AUGCUCAUGUUUCGCCUCUUCGAAUCCCCCGCGCAAGGCACAAUUUCCCACCAAAUACACCCUCGACUCCAGACCAGCCAAGGCUGUCGAUUGAUCAAACAGCCCGCCGUCUUACUCCUGGUUCCCUCAAGUGCUGCAGGUGCACUUGCAUUUGCUCCAUCCCGGCACGCAGCCGAAUCUUGCAAUCUGAGAGCUGAUUUUGCUGCAGUUCUUCACACCAUUCUCCCUCACGUUGGUUUUACAGACGGAGUUGCAGUUUCCUCCCCAGCUGGUAAGGCAUGUGCCUCCGGUGUAGAUGGGGGCAUAAAACCAAAAGGAAGCUCGUGCUUCAAUGUCGCGCUCAGUGAGCUCUGCGAGGGAGCCGCCGUCUCGCUCAGGAAGGGUCGGGGCGGGAGGUGCAGCUUGGACUGCGAAGAUGGCGAGCGACGAAAGAAGAAUAGUCUUGAACUGCAUGGUGAAUGUGUAGGUAAUUUGUAG